GCGUGGGGGAAAAGGCCCCGCCCUUGGUUCGGUGGGAGGUCAGGUCGGGGUGGGUGUUCGGCGCUCGCUCUCUUUUCCUGUCCUGUGGUGGAUGUGCUCGGUGCUCUGCAGGGCUCCCUGGCGAUGCUGGGGAACUCACUAGUUGGAGAAGCCGCGUUCACCAGGCCGGCAGUACGUCCCGCCUGCCGCUUCCUGGCCUGGUGUUUUGGGGCUGUGGCAGAGAAAAGGAGGAAGGAGGUCCUACGGGAGGCUGGCAGGAUUUUGCUUUCUCCGGGCUUGGUGAGCGGCACCUGGAGGCGAGUAUGAGGCGGUGAUUGGUCUCGGCCGGACUUACGGAAGCGCCAUGAACCUGUUGCCUUCCAACCCUCACGGCAAUGGGCUCCUGUUCGCAGGCUUUAACCAGGACCACGGUUGCUUUUCAUGUGGGAUGGAAAAUGGAUUCCGAGUCUAUAAUACUGAUCCACUAAAAGAAAAAGAGAAACAAGAAUUCCUUGAAGGAGGAGUUGGCCAUGUGGAAAUGUUGUUUCGUUGCAACUAUUUAGCAUUAGUUGGUGGUGGAAAAAAGCCAAAAUAUCCCCCUAAUAAAGUGAUGAUAUGGGAUGAUCUAAAAAAGAAGACGGUUAUUGAAAUAGAAUUUUCUACAGAAGUCAAAGCAGUCAAAUUGCGACGAGACAGAAUUGUGGUGGUUUUGGAUUCCAUGAUUAAGGUUUUUACUUUCACACACAAUCCCCAUCAGUUGCACGUCUUUGAAACCUGCUACAACCCUAAGGGUCUCUGUGUUUUAUGUCCAAAUAGCAACAAUUCUCUCCUGGCAUUCCCUGGUACACAUACUGGCCAUGUGCAGAUAGUGGAUCUGGCCAACACAGAAAAACCUCCGGUUGAUAUCCCAGCUCAUGAAGGAGUCCUAAGCUGUAUAGCUUUAAACCUCCAGGGAACAAGAAUUGCAACAGCAUCGGAAAAAGGGACCCUUAUAAGAAUAUUUGAUACUUCAUCAGGGCAUUUAAUCCAGGAACUGAGAAGAGGAUCUCAAGCAGCAAAUAUUUAUUGUAUUAAUUUCAAUCAGGAUGCUUCACUCAUCUGUGUAUCAAGUGAUCAUGGAACAGUGCACAUUUUUGCAGCUGAGGAUCCCAAAAGGAACAAGCAGUCUAGUUUGGCAUCAGCCAGUUUUCUUCCAAAAUACUUCAGUUCCAAGUGGAGUUUUUCCAAAUUUCAGGUUCCCUCAGGCUCUCCAUGCAUUUGUGCCUUUGGAACUGAGCCAAAUGCUGUCAUAGCAAUCUGUGCGGAUGGCAGCUAUUACAAGUUCUUAUUCAAUCAAAAAGGAGAAUGUUCCCGUGAUGUCUAUGCUCAAUUUCUAGAAAUGACUGAUGACAAGCUUUGACCUUGCAUGAGAAGCGUUUGGACUGAAGUACUGCUGAAUUACUCUGCAACACUUGGAGGACUCAAUACUAACCUGUAAUAUUCCCUAGUUCUGGUGGGAUGUAGGCCUCACCAAGGAACAGGUUCCAGGGGACUAACCAGGAAGAGUCUUGGUUGGGAAGUAAUAUACCAUUGUUUGAUUUCCUUUUAUAAGUGGGGCCUCAUAUUUCUAGCAUGAAUGGAAAAGGAAACAAAUCACAGUGUGCCGGAGUGAGCACUCAGAUGGUUUUUCAAUGGCUUGAGCUUUUUCUUGGUUUAUUUUCUUUAUUCUAAUGAUGAAGUUAGCUUUACAGGUUCAUUUGUACCCUCUAUACCAAAACAAGCAGGAGUUUUGUACAGGGGGUUGGACCACAUUCGGAUAUUGACAUUUGUUUAGGCAAUACCUUACAUCCUUUUCAUUGAGCCUUUGGUGGGGAAAUGAACUAUUUAUGUAAAUAUUAGUUCUUGUAGUGUACAAGAUUUUAAAUAGAAUAGUAAAACCAGCAGCUUGCCUUAGUACAGAAGAAAUGAAUUCCUUCUUCAGAUCUAAAACCACAACUAAUAUGCUUUAGCAAAUGCAGUCUGAAUACUUUCUCUACUUAAGGUCACCAGUGCAGGUCUUUAGGUUUGUUUUAUUCAUGUAUACACAUAUACUGACUUGGUAUGUUGGUGUGUGGAGCUAUGAACAUUAAUACAGAAGCUAGAACAGACUCUCCCAACAUUGCUAAGGCUUAUUGCUGACAGGACUAAUUUCUCCUCAGAUAGAAACACAGUCCUGAGGAGAGUGAACCCAUCUUAAUUUCAGGGAAAAACAGAGUAAGUGGAACAAAAUAACAAAAACAGUUCUUAUCCAUGACUAUUUCUUUCAGUUUAGAUAGUAAAAUUUGGCGUUUAUUCCAGUGAUGCCAUACUGCUGCAUUCCAAAGAGAGUGAGCAAGAGUGAAUGAAACUCAUUUAUAUUUCCGUUGGUGCUUAGUUUGGGCACUUCACUGUUACCUUUCCCUGUAACAUCAUUUCCCUCCACCGUUAUAAAGGUGGCUACACACUAAUUAUUUUGGAAAUGAAAGGCACAUAGCAUUUUGGAACUAAAGUAGAAUACUAUUAUUGUGUUAACACUGCUUAUGUGAGGUUUUACUUGAUUGUAAAUUACCUUGAGACUUAAUUUCAUGUGUUCCUGGUUUCACAUCUCACUUGUCUAAAAGAUCUGUAGCUGCAAGGUCUUUCCAUUUUGCCUGAUUCUUGACAGUGUCGUGUAAUAUUGACUAACUUUUAUGUAAAGUAUGCAUGUUCCUUUUGUGUGGAUUUAAUCAUGGAAAUUCAUUUUGCACAUUUAUUUGUAACAUUUCUUUUAAAUAAAAAUGAUUAAUUUUGUUGUACUCUUUUCUGGUUGUGAGAAGUAAAACUUGGAUAUCACACGUGAUCAAAACCAAGAUGAUACGUUUUUCAUGUUUUAGUUGACUUCUGUUUAGAUUUUACACUUUGGGAAUAAAAAUGUAGAUUAA